AGAAGCCUGGCACCUGCCCACCUGUCAACCCGGGCAUCCCCAUGCUGGGUGUCUGCUCCAACCAGUGCAAGACCGAUGCCAACUGCGCUGGGAUCCAGAAGUGUUGCAGGAAUGGCUGUGGCAAGGUCUCCUGUGUGACACCCAUCCAGUGAGGUGCAGCCGCCUCCUGUCAGCCCAGCCACAGGGAAGCUGCUGCCUGAUGCCCAUCCCUCAUGCCCUGGCCAUGGCCCUGCACCAUCCCCCCGACUUGGAGCCUUCAGCCUCAGUUUUCUCCCUGGGGUUCUCUGCUCAGGGCAAGACCCCUGCACUCUCACCAAUAAAGCAGCUUCUCCCUUAC